GUACUUAUUAAACCUUUGAAGAACCAGUAAGGCACUAAGUCACUAACCGUUAAAACAAGAAUUAUUGGGGAAAUCACUACCACUCCUUACACCUCCGCCACCUUCUUGUCCUCUGCCCCACUCCCACCCCCGACCCCUAUGACAUCUGCCAUUGUUCUUCUUCCUCUUCUUCUUCAUCUUCUUGCUCAUUCACGAAUCAACUAUCAACCUCAUUUAUUAAUCUAUGGUACAUGGGUUCUCUAAGUGAGCUUCUAGCCAAAGAAGGAUUCGUACGAGAUAAUUUCAAUCGCAAAAAGGUCCGAUUCAAUAGAACAGUAGCAGCUCCUGAUCAUGACUCCAUUUCUUUGCCUAUUUACAUCUGCCGUGACCGGAAGAGCAUCGACGUUCCAAAGCACAAGAAGAGCUCAUCGGUUGUUUCAUCCAAAGGUCGUCUUUCAUCGGCUUCGAGAAGAUCGGAUGAACCCGCCAUUGAUGAAGUUGCUACCAAAGCUGUGAUUUCGAUUUUGAGUGGGUAUGCUGGUAAGUACUUGAAAGACAAGGAUUUCCGAGAUUCGUUGAGGAACAAGUGUCAAUCGUGUUUGGUGAGGAGAAGCAAUGGGUUAUCGGAUAAUGGGGUUUUCGCUAACAUGGAAUUGGGGAUCGAGAGUAUUGAGAAAUUGAUUGAUAAUCCAGGGACGAUUAAGGAAUUGAAGAUGAAAGCGUUGAGGAAUUCGAUUGGGUUUUUAACGAUCGUUGCAGCUUUGAAUUCGAAAGAAUCGAGACAUGGCACAACAUGUGGAACUCCAAAUUCACAUCUCUCUGCUUGUGCUCAGCUUUAUUUAUCAAUCGUUUACAAGCUUGAGAAGAACGAUAGAAUCUCUGCAAGACAUGCACUCCAAGUGUUUGUUGAUUCGCCUCAAUUAGCUAGAACUCACUUGCUACCAGAUCUUUGGGAGCAUUUCUUUCUUCCACAUCUCCUCCAUAUCAAAAUUUGGUACCACAAACAAAUCGAUAACCUUUCUGAUGAUUGCUCGAAGGAUCAAGAAGAACAAAUUAACAAUUUGAGCAAGAUUUAUGAAGAUCAUAUGGAUAUGGGUACGAUUCAGUUUGCUCUCUACUAUAAAGAAUGGCUUAAAACAGGUGGUCAACCUCCUGCUACACUUCCUUCUGUGGCUUUGCCUUCAAUCAAUUCAUUAUCUUCUUCAUCCAGUCGAAGAAGAAGGAGUUCAUCCUUUGGUAACUUUCUACAUCGAGCUGUUUUUGGUGCUCCGAUUGAGAAACAAGCAUCUAUGGAGUCUGAUUAUGGAGCCAUGGAACAAAAGGAAGAAGAAGAAGAAGAAGAACUUUGUUUAGAUGAUUAUGAUAACAACCAACAGAGAAAUGUUCAAAGUACACUCUCCGAUCUUCGAAGUUCGUCAAGCAAACCAGACUACACGCGAUUUCUUCCAUGUCAAAUCUUACAAACAGAAUCACGAUUAACCAGAUCUUCUUCAAUCGCGUCUUCAUCAUCUGAUCUAACCAGAGCCGUUUCCUCGAUCACAACCUCCGAAAAUUUACCCGAAUGUGAAACCGCGAUUCGUGUCAUAACCAAAUCAUGGCUAGACGAUCAAUUAAUCGAAAAACAACUAUCCAAUCCAUCAGUAAUCGAAGAACUCGUUUCCAAAAACCCGGCGAACGGGAAGAUCAUUCUAACCCUAGAUCCACGUCUCGAAGGGUUCACUGAACUCAUGAGAAACAGUAGCCUGUUCCUAAAAGCCGCGAUUUUGCUCCAUUUUGUGAAACCCGAAGCGAAACAGAUGAUUUCCACCGAAUGGAUCCCGUUGGUGCUACGAGUGCUUGAAUUCGGAGAUCAAACACAGCAAUUGUUCAGUGUUCGGUGUCGUCCUCAAAUUGCGGCGUAUUAUUUUCUCGAUCGGCUGCUUACGGGGUUUGAUGAAGAUCGGAAUCUUGAGAAUGGGAGACAAGUGAUUGCGAUUGGAGGGUUGAGUUUGUUGUUGAGAAGAAUCACGAAUGGAGAUGAUGUUGAGAAGUGUAAAGCGGUUUCUGUGAUUUAUUGGUGUAUUCAAGCGGAUGGAAGGUGUCGCCAUUAUUUAGCGGAUAAUUUGAAUCCUGAGCUCAUUCUUGCACUCUUGGUUCGUGGUAAAGAGGUCGAUGGCAAUGAGACUGUAUUCUCUUUGCUUGUCGAGUUAAUCUGCCUCCAUAGAUUUGAGCAAAGAACGAAACUUUUCGACAAGUUAUUGAAGGGAUUGGAUUGCUUGAACACAAUGCAAAUCUUGUUAGUUUCUUUACAAAAGGCUACACAAGAAAAACGCCCUCUAAUUGCUACCAUAAUGCUUCAGCUUGAUCUUUUUAUGGGAGAUCCACUGAAGAGUAGUGUAUAUCGAGAGGAGGCAAUAGAUGCAAUAACCGAAGCUUUAGAUUGUCAAAUAUGUAAUGAAAAUGUUCAAGAACAAACAGCAAAAGCCUUGUUGAUAUUAGGAGGCAGGUAUGCUUACACAGGCACACCAGAAGCUGAAAAUUGGAUCUUGAAAGAAGCUGGUUAUGAUGAGAGCUUGGAGGGCGGCUUCCAUGGUAGAUACUUCAUCGUCCAAGGAUCCAAACAUUUGAAUGAAGAUGAUGAGAUAGAGCAUUGGCAAAGGAAAGCUGCAAUGGCGUUAUGGAUUAGUGGUGGCGAAAAGCUUAUAAGGGCAAUUGGGGAAUCGAUAGGUUAUGGGAUCCCUUGUUUGGCACGUGCAUCCCUUGUGACAGUUGCUUGGAUGAGUAAAUUUGUUCAUACGGUUGGUGAUGGAGAUGUUCUUCAGAGUGCCGCAUUGUCAAUCCUAAUACGGAAGUUGAUAGAUUCGUUGAAUCGUGAUAACACGAUUGAAGAAAGAGUUCUUGCUUCGUUUUCAUUACUCGCUCUUUCCAAGAGUUCAGGUUUUAUGUUUGAGAUUUCAGAGGAUGAGAAAAUGGCAAUGGUGGUUCAUCUUCGAAACAUAUCGAAGGUGACAUGGACUGCAAAAAGACUGGCUUCUGUAAUAACAGGAAGCCCAUCAAGAAGGCAUUCAGGUGUUUAACAAAGGCUUGCUCAUUCAAGUUGAUUUGGUAUAUAUAUGAGUGUACAAAAACUUAUUGCCUCCAUUUUUAUGUUUUAUAGCUAGAAAUGGUCUUUGUAUAUACUUGUAGAUGCAUACACCAUUUCACAAUGCUAUAAAACAAUUAUAUUUUUAUGUUUGGAAGUAAUUUUGAACAUUACAUGUACUUUAAAUACUAUGUAUUCACACUUUCAAUAUCAUGCUUGACUGGUAUAAAAAUUUUGAGUGUAAUUUCAUUUCUUAA